GAUGUUUACCCUCCUGAUCGCGGCGCCGCGGGAGGAGGCGCGGAGUUGGGGGCGGACGGGCCGCCGCUAGGCUCGCUCCGACCCGCCUGGCCGAGCGCAGGGUGGGAACCCGCGCCGGGAGCGCCCGCGGGGCGGCGCGGCCGAGGUGCCGAUAGCUCCGGGCCUCGCACCGCAGCCUCGGGCCCCGCCGGCCUCUCUGCGGCGCCGCCCGCCCGUCCGCCGCGGGCCGGAGCCCGGAAAGCUCCCGGCCUCCUGGGUUCUAAGUUCCUGUUGCCUCAGACAAUGGAUGAGCAAUCACAAGGAAUACAAGGGCCACCUGUCCCUCAGUUCCAGCCACAGAAGGCCUUACGACCGGAUAUGGGCUAUAAUACACUAGCCAACUUUCGAAUAGAAAAGAAAAUUGGUCGCGGGCAAUUUAGCGAAGUUUAUAGAGCAGCCUGUCUCUUGGAUGGAGUACCAGUAGCUUUAAAAAAAGUGCAGAUAUUUGAUUUAAUGGAUGCCAAAGCACGUGCUGAUUGUAUCAAAGAGAUAGAUCUCCUUAAGCAACUCAACCACCCGAAUGUAAUUAAAUAUUAUGCGUCAUUCAUUGAAGAUAAUGAGCUAAACAUAGUUUUGGAAUUAGCAGAUGCUGGUGAUCUAUCCAGAAUGAUAAAGCAUUUUAAGAAACAAAAGAGGCUAAUUCCUGAAAGAACUGUUUGGAAGUACUUUGUGCAGCUCUGCAGCGCGCUGGAGCACAUGCAUUCCCGGCGGGUCAUGCACAGAGAUAUAAAACCAGCUAAUGUGUUCAUCACAGCCACUGGGGUGGUCAAGCUCGGCGACCUCGGGCUCGGCCGCUUUUUCAGCUCCAAGACCACAGCGGCGCAUUCUCUAGUGGGUACACCUUAUUACAUGUCUCCGGAGAGAAUACAUGAAAACGGAUACAACUUCAAGUCUGACAUCUGGUCUCUUGGCUGUCUGCUAUAUGAGAUGGCCGCGCUGCAGAGCCCCUUCUACGGCGACAAGAUGAACCUGUACUCGCUGUGCAAGAAGAUAGAGCAGUGUGACUACCCGCCUCUUCCCUCGGACCACUACUCGGAGGAACUACGACAAUUAGUGAAUAUGUGCAUCAACCCAGAUCCCGAGAAGCGGCCAGACAUCACCUACGUCUAUGACGUAGCCAAGAGGAUGCACGCGUGCACCGCGAGCAGCUGAGCGUGUGGGCGGGGAAGAAGACUGUAACCGGCAUGAUUUAAAGUGUUUUUGUGCAGAUCAUACCUCCCUGUUUUUGUCUGGGUGUUGAGAUUAAUAUUUCAGAGCUAAUGUGCUUUGAAUCCUUAACCAGUUUUCAUAUAAGCUUCAUUUUGUACCAGUUUAAGUCACCUUCUUGCAAACCCCCUGAGACUUUGGAGCAAUCAAAUUGCGUGUUGGGGGGAGUAAGUGAAAUACGAUGCUUUUAAUGACAGAAGGUUUUUAGAAUUUUUCUGCUAAUAGUUUUCUGCUAAUAAGUUGUGUUCAGGUAGUGCCAAAUACUGAAGGUGCCACUUGGUGCUCGUCAGGACAGACGCAGCCUGAGGAGCCGGACAGGUGACUUGCUUUCUUUUUAGUCAUUUGUGGACAUUUGGGAUGAACACAAUUGUGAACUUUGUGAUCAUUUUCUUUUUAAAAGUUUGAAGUAUGUAUUUCAGUUCUUGACAUUAUAGCUUUCAAAUAUAAUUCUUAAGAUAAAUGUAGACAUAAACUAUUUGGGAAACAUUCAAAGUACAACUACUAAAUGUGAAAAGAUUUGGGGACAAAAUGUGAGUCAGACACUGAAGAGUCUUUGCUUAAGUUUCUUUUGUUUUAGUAUCUUUGAAAUUCUCUUUGCAUUAAAAUGGUAUAAAUGAAUCCAUUUAAAAAGUGGUUAAGGAGUUGUUUGGCUGGUUUGAUAGGUUUUUGAAAGUUUGCACAUUGCCCGAGGCUUUUUUUGUUUUUAUUAUUGUUUGUACAUUUGAAAAAUACUCUUUGAGUAAUCUCAUAGUACUAUAUUUCAACUUCUUUAUAAAUUUAAAUGCUCUACUCAUAAUUACACUAUUGUGUAAGCUUAUGUUUUUAUUUAGAUUUUAUUGAAGUUCUGAUUGGUCCCCUUUAGAAAUUUUUUUAUAUUCUUCAGGUUACUUUCUUAUUUAUAUCAUAUGUGUAUUUUAACCAUUAAAUGUUUCAGAUUUUCUGAGAACAUUACACCCUUUAAAAAAAUAUUUGGUAUACCGACACUUCUCCUGAUUGAACACAUUUCUUAAACUUUUAGAAUCUGGCCACCCCAUCUGCAUGCGUUGUGUCUUGUUAAAGAGGAAGGAAGGGUGUGUGUUCUGCUAUGCCCGUGACGGCUGGUACAGUUUCAGUUCGUUUGACAAGGUUGUAAUUUAGAAUAUGUUUAAAGACAUGAAAACUGGCCAUUACCACAGCCAGAAUUCUUAUGAGGUUUCUGUUGGGAGGCUUUUAAGCAAAAUACAGUAUCCAUGCAUGAAGGUGGACAGAGAUGGUGAUGCUUCAUUUAGUUUAAGGAAGUGGGCAGGGUCAGCCCAUGCGCUGCUGGAGACCCGCUCUGCCCGAGUGCCUUCCUGUGAGUGGUGACCAGGUCCUCACGGGAUUGUGAAGCCAGAAGGCCGAGUGGCAGUCACGGUAAAGGGUGACGUGCCACCACCUGACCUUUGAAUGGGUGACCCUGCCAGUGUGAGACCACGUGUUCAGAGAAUACCUGCUUUUAGCUGCUGGAAUGGCAACUUUUGUCUCUUCAUGUGAGUAUUUUUCUUACAAACAUUUGAAUGCUUUCAAGUCAUCUGUAAACUUUAAAAAUGUGUAAGGGCAAAAGUACAAACUUUUUUUUUCUCCAAAAAUAUAAUCAGUUAUGGUAUCUGAAGGGUAAUUUUAUCUUGGGAUUAGGCAAAGGAGACCUGGUUGAUCCUUUCUUUAUAUGAGGGUUGGGUACGUUGUUUUUACCAAAUUCUAGUGGCGUGACAUCUGCAAGCCUCCGCUGACGUGGCCCAGAAGUAUGAGUGGAGUGUUUACUGGCCAUUAGUCUCAUGUUCAUUUAAAGGUAUUUUAACUUACUGAGACAAAAUGUUCUCUAGUUGGAACAGAUACUCGCCUUCUUGUAAUCUUUAAAAAUACAUGGAUCUAAAAUUCAUUGGCUUAACCCCUCACAGUGACUUUUAAGCAAAGAUUUACGCUUUUCUUUUCCAUGAAUUUGUCUGCUAGAAAGAAAUAGCUGGGAAGAAUGUAGUGAUCAGGGGAAUCCAUUAUUAUUUUCUACCCGUGGAAACUUUUUGUUUUGGAUAUCAUAUCUCUUUUAUCUAAGUGUUCAUGUUUUUCCUGAAGGAACCACUAUAAAAAACAACUUUUAAUUUUGAACGGGAUCAUUUUGAAGAACUAUGAAGAUGAUGAGAAGCUUUCAUUUUUAUAAUCACCUGUAAAAUGUUUUCUUUAUAUUUCUGUAUACAAGUCAAUUUUGUAUUGAUUAAGUAAAACAUUGGAAUUUAUUUGAGAAACAGUGAAAUGAAAGGUACACCUGGUUCUGAAUCUUAUUUAGGCAUUGAUACCAGGUCACCAGGGGACAUGCAGGGCAACUUUGUAAUGAGUGCUGAGGUUUGGGAAUGGUGGAUGAAGGGCAUCCCUAUAUAAAUAACGUGCAACAGUGCAGUGACUAUAAAUUUAGUAAAAUACUGCAGCCAUUUCAUGAAUGCUUUACCCUUCAACAUAGUAUCUAUUACAAAACACCUUUUAUCAAAAUAUUUCAGGUGUUGCUGUUAACAUUUACAUGAUAUUUAUUUUAACCAAGAUAUUAUUCAUAUUAAGUGUUUUCUUUAAAAUGAAUGUAUGGUGUUUAUGACCCACAGAUGCAUAAUUAUCCUGUGCCUCCUAUUUCAAUAGUACUGUAAUAUGGACUUCUUUUGUGAAAUACUUUUAUUUUGUUAUGCCUCAAAUACACAUACUAAAAAGAUUCUGUUAGCUUUGAAAAUUGUACAGUAUCCUAAUAUAAAUAAAAUUAUAAAAUUAAAAAACAAGUACAAAAACAA